AUGUCAUCCGCCGAUACGGUGUCGGUAUCAUCCGCAUACCGAAGCGAACGAAGAAUCCAUCCCCUGCCCAAGAGGUCCCUGAGAGACCGUUUAACCCCCGAAGCCGCGGAGUCGAUCCAAUACCCCCCAGCACCUUCGAUCUCUACAUCGCUGUUCCCGAGUUUGUAUAGCAUCCGAGAUGACGAGCAGGACCAGAGUUCAACCCCUCGCGAGCGAGUUACAGAGGUUGCCCCCCGCCAAUCAAGAAGAGAUGGUUCAGUAGCAGAGGGUGGAGGAUAUACUACUGCGUCGAGACAGGGCAUACCGGACCGUGGUCACGAGGACGGAGUGUCUAACUCCUCAAACCGCAGGGGUCAUCAGUCACCGAGGAACGAAAAUGAGGGGAGAUCGGUCAAUUCACAAGCUACUGUCUCCGCAGCAUCAGCAGUCGAUGGGUAUGACUCCUUCGAAAACACAAAUAACAAGAAGAAGAGGAAGAUCCCUACAGCGGGUGAUGCGGCUCUUGGCGGGGUUCACGUUGGCAUAGAUGCUGGUUUCGGAACCACGUCUAUCCAGACGUCUGAAGGUCACGGGGAAGCAACCUCUUCGAGCUCGGCAUCUCAGUAUGGUUCCGGAGGCUAUAUGCCAGGCUUGCAGAACGUCCCCGGUCCUGGAAGAGGCAGAUAUGGCAGACCGCGUAACGGCCGAAGCCCGCUCAGGCCCUUAUCGGACUCGAACACCAGCUGGCUUGGAAGAGGUAGGAAACUGCGCUCUGUUCCAUGGUCAUCCAGUUCAGCCGAGAACCAGGGGAUCAUAUCCAACGCCAUUGCAAAUGCAGAGAAACUGAACCCACCGACGGGGGCUGAAAGUACAAGUCUUUUGCAAAAUUCACUGCCGCCGAAACGCCCUGCGUCCGCACAGUUCACGUUUACCGCUCCCGGUCCCAACGCACUCUCUUGGCCUGGCGCUGAUCGACGAAUCAACAUGCCGACCCCGUCAACGACUAGACAAGGACAGGAAAAUUGGCAGCGUGUUGCUCCUGGAAACCAGCCAGGUAAUGGUCACGCUCUUCCUUUGGCAACAGGUGCCGCAGGGAAGGAAACGCAGGGCAAGAGUGGUGCCGGAGGCCAAGGGCAGCAAGGCCCAGCGCCGAAAACCACAAGGAGGAGUGCUGCUAAAGAGUAUGCUGCUGCGGCCAGACAACGGCGCCGUGAAACGCAGUUAAAGAAUAAGCGCCACCCUCCCAAGCCUGAAGAUAUUUGGAUCUGCCACUUUUGUGAGUACGAGUCGAUCUUCGGCCACCCCCCUGAGGCUUUGGUCCGUCAAUACGAGAUCAAGGCCCGCAAGCAACGCCAGUUGGAGCAGCAGCGGAAAGCUCAGUGGGAGAGGCUCAAGAAGGGCAAACACAAGGGGAAGAAGAACAGCAAGUUGCCUACCAAGGGUCAUGAUGGAGUCCAGGAUGCCCAUCAACCUUCGGGCGGUCACGGUGCUCCGAUGAACUGCGACUUUCUCAAGGCACUCAGAGCGAGGAGUACUUUGACGACGACGACUGCGAGGAAGACGACUACGACCCAGACGAAGAUCUGCCACCAGAAACGGAAUAGAAGCCGAGCGACAUGA